AUGCAAUUAGAAAUUUAUAAAGAAAGAACAUCAUCAAAUGAAAAUACUCAGUAAAACAAAGCUGUAGAAACAUUACAUUCUCUGGUACAAUAUAUAAAUGAUCUCACAGAAAUUGUUAAUUAAAUUAAAGUUAAGAAUUAAGCAGAGUUUGUUAUCGCAUAUUAAAGUCACAUGAAAAAAAUUAAGGCAGAAUUGAAAGAAUUAAAAAGCAAAACAGAAGAACAACAAAAUAAUCUUGAACUAAAUCAAGUUAAAAUGAAGUCGAAUGAUAAUGAAUUGACAUUAUUUAGAGAAGAAUGCCUUAAAUUAUAUGAGAAAAUCGAGUAAAAAAAUAAAGAGAUUUAAGAACUCAAAUUUUAGAUGCAGGAAUCAAAAAAAUCAAAUCACUUUCUAGAAUAAUAAAUUAAAGGAUUGAUGAAGAAACUCAAAUAAUCAGAAAUUGAAAAAGAAUAACUACCUACACCCUUAUUAGAAUAGACAUUCUGUACCACUACUCCUGCUAAUUAAUUUAAGAUUCCAAGAAGAAAAUUGACAGACUACAAUUCCAAAUUAGAUCUCUCUUCAUCGAUAUCUAAAUAUCAUUAUUCUUCCAUUAGAGAAAUGUUUUCUAUUGAAGAAUGCAACAGUAGCACAUCAAAAUUUGAUGAGAUAAUUGAAAGGAUUACUAAAUAUGUUACAUAAAUUGAACAAAAGUAUUAAAAGUAAAUUCAAAAUUUGAACACAAAAGUCAAUAAUUUAUUAAUUUCCCAAAAUAAGAAAAGUGUUAUUCGUAGCGAUCUUGAAUCCUUCUUUUUAGACUGUGUAGAAACUGUUCGAAGAGAUAUUUUAAAAAAAAAGCGACCCUUCGGAAAUACUUAAUGGUAAUAGAAUUAAAUUGAGAUGAUUACAGACUUUACCUAAUUUCAUAAGGAAGAUAAAUUAAAAAUACUAGAACUUGUAGUUAGCAAUGAAAAAAUCUUAGUCUUUUUAUAUUAAAAAUUAUUUCCAAAUCAUGUUAAUUUAGUCAUAAAAUCAAUACGUGAGGACAUCAGCAUAAAUAACUUUUUAGAACAGAGUGUUAAAUGUGAUUUAUCAAAAAGCAAUCAUCAUUAAUCUGGUGACUAUAAAGUUGAGGUACCAAAAACAACCAGAGAAGUUCGUUCAGCAUCAAUGAGCAAAUAAUUAGAAGUAAAAAGAGGAAAACUAUUAUUUAAAUAAUAUUGA